GAUUUCUUCAGGGUCAGUUUUGUUCUGACGAAGGACUAACUCACUGCGGAAACAUCGUCUGCAUUUUAAAUGGCCAGCAAUCACCCACUGGUUUCUACGGUAGGAGCCAAGGAGUGUCCUAAAAUGGGGAUUUUUACUUGUUUUCUUUCGUGCAAAAAUGUUGCGCCCAUCACUGCAUUGCUUUCUGUUUGGGGCACGGGUGCGAGAAAAUAAUAAAUCACGUGAUCAGUAACUUUGCGCUAACCAGACCGGAAACUGGAAACUACUAUAGGAGGAGGAAAAGAUGGCGGAACGAUGAAAGUGGUUUCGUUUCUGUUUUUAUUGUCCUAAGCAGACUGAUGUGGCAGUCAGGAGCCGAUGAAAGAACAAGGUUUAUAAACAUGGCUUAGUUAUGUUCUGCUGGGGUAAAAGUUCUGAAGGCCAACUCGGCCUGGGGGAAAUUAUUGAAGACGAACCAGUUUUGUGUCCGAGAAUUGUUGAGAACACUUACGGAACUGUGUCGGAAAUUAAAGACAUUGUGUGUGGCUGGGAACACUCGGCGGUCUUGAAACAGGAUGGUGUUGUUUAUACAUGUGGGAGUAACGAGAAUGGACAGCUCGGGCACCAUAAGGAUGGAAGAAAACUCGCUCGUGUUGAUGCACUUGAAACACGUACUAUAAAGCAAGUGGCCUGUGGACAGAUGCACACUUUGGCUGUCACAGACAAUGGACUUAUCUUGGCUUGGGGGGAUAACACAAAAGGACAGCUUGGUCUGGGAAACAUGGAAAACAACAUUCAGACUCAUCCAAGCUUUGGUCAACUUGGAGUCAAUGACAACAAAGAUCGUUUUAUGCCUGUACUUGUCAAGUCAUUAAGAUCGCAGCGAGUCAGACAUGUCUCAGCAGGAGAAUAUCACUCAGCUGUCCUGACAGAGGAUGGUGGAGUGUUUACAUUUGGCUGCGGCAGUUAUGGACAGCUUGGACAUAACUCAAAUAAUGAUGAAUACAACCCACGAAAGGUCUUUGAAUUAAUGGGAAAAGUUGUGACUCAAAUUGCUUGUGGAAGGCUGCAUACCUUGGCUUAUGUAGCAUCGUCAGAAAAGCUGUAUGCCUUUGGUUCAGGAGAGAAUGGCCAGCUGGGUAAUAACAAGGUCGUGACCGUUAACAGCCCUGUUGUCGUCGAGAACAGUUGGGUGUCUAAUGACAAAGUGAGUCACUGCAGUGUCCAAAGAAUUGCUACAGGUGGCGAUCACUGCUAUGUCGUCACAAUGAAAAAUAAUGAUAACUCCUGCGAUCUGCGAGAGCAAGACACUUCUAAGCAUCUGUGGACUUUGUCUGAGUCCAGCGUCAAGAAAUUGGUUCAGCAGUUGUCGCUACCCAAUCCACCUACGGAGAUUUUUUAUACGUUAGAGACGGUCUUCUCAUCUAAAGCUUGUCUGAAUGGAUCAUUUUUGGACAGACGGAACCAUGAACAAACAAGUUCUAGAAUUCAUGGUAUUCAUCUAUCUGCAGCAAGAAGAUCCUUUGGUUUGCUUAAUUGUAUACGACACCAGGAAGUAAUUAGCAAGAUGUUUGCUGCUAUUACAAGAGGUGUCGUUCAUUCCCUACUGCAAUCGCCUCCUGAUAUUGAAGCUCUCAGAGUGUACUUACUUCUUCCUGAGUGUUCUGUUUAUCAAAAGGAAGAACAUUAUGACGCCAUUGUCAUUCCAUUUAGUGAAGCAAUCUUGAGAUUAUCGGUCGAUGCUGGCAAAGUCUUAAGACGCUGGUGGUCAAAAUUACCCUCAACAUAUUUUUCUCAUACAAUGAAGAUGUUUCAAGAUUGUAUAAAGUAUUUACUGCAUUUCCCACCUCCAAAGUUUAUUGGCGAAGAAGCCAUAAGACGACAAGCAGCCCUUGCUUCAUGUUUAAGUGUUUUAGAGCAGCUAAAUAUGGUUAAUACAGAGUCUGGUGACAUUGUACCAUUUAAUCAAUUUUACAUUCCUGAGAUUCAAGCAACCAUUGACAUUAGAGCUGAUUACUUCAACUGGAUUCAGAAUCAGAUUCUGACAAACCGUCAAGAUUUUUGGCGCCACGUCUAUCAAGUGCAAACAUUUUCAUUUUGUCGCUACCCAUUUGUUUUUGACGCUGAAGCCAAAACAACGCUGCUUCAAACAGAUGCUGUAAUGCAGAUGCAGAGUGCUGUAGAGGAAGUGAAUCGCCGCAAUGUUCAAUCAAUGAUGUCCCUGUUGCCAAUAAACCCGGACAACCCUGUACUUGUCAUUGUGGUCAAGAGAGAGAACAUCGUGGACAACACCCUGAAUCAGAUCAUGAAGUGUGGUCCUUGUGACUUGAAAAAGCCUCUCAAGGUACAGAUUCUCUUUAAUAGUGUUCACUCAUUCCCUACAAUUCAUCUCAGAGGAAUUUAUGCAAUUUGCAUUCUUUUCUGCUUUGACCUAAAGUUGUCAUAUGAUUAUCAUUUCUCUAUUGAAUCUUUCAGACGGAACCAUGAACAAACAAGUUCUAGAAUUCAUGGUAUUCAUCUAUCUGCAGCAAGAAGAUCCUUUGGUUUGCUUAAUUGUAUACGACACCAGGAAGUAAUUAGCAAGAUGUUUGCUGCUAUUACAAGAGGUGUCGUUCAUUCCCUACUGCAAUCGCCUCCUGAUAUUGAAGCUCUCAGAGUGUACUUACUUCUUCCUGAGUGUUCUGUUUAUCAAAAGGAAGAACAUUAUGACGCCAUUGUCAUUCCAUUUAGUGAAGCAAUCUUGAGAUUAUCGGUCGAUGCUGGCAAAGUCUUAAGACGCUGGUGGUCAAAAUUACCCUCAACAUAUUUUUCUCAUACAAUGAAGAUGUUUCAAGAUUGUAUAAAGUAUUUACUGCAUUUCCCACCUCCAAAGUUUAUUGGCGAAGAAGCCAUAAGACGACAAGCAGCCCUUGCUUCAUGUUUAAGUGUUUUAGAGCAGCUAAAUAUGGUUAAUACAGAGUCUGGUGACAUUGUACCAUUUAAUCAAUUUUACAUUCCUGAGAUUCAAGCAACCAUUGACAUUAGAGCUGAUUACUUCAACUGGAUUCAGAAUCAGAUUCUGACAAACCGUCAAGAUUUUUGGCGCCACGUCUAUCAAGUGCAAACAUUUUCAUUUUGUCGCUACCCAUUUGUUUUUGACGCUGAAGCCAAAACAACGCUGCUUCAAACAGAUGCUGUAAUGCAGAUGCAGAGUGCUGUAGAGGAAGUGAAUCGCCGCAAUGUUCAAUCAAUGAUGUCCCUGUUGCCAAUAAACCCGGACAACCCUGUACUUGUCAUUGUGGUCAAGAGAGAGAACAUCGUGGACAACACCCUGAAUCAGAUCAUGAAGUGUGGUCCUUGUGACUUGAAAAAGCCUCUCAAGGUUGUGUUUUAUGGUGAGGAGGGUGUCGAUGCUGGUGGCGUUAGAAAGGAAUUCUUCAUGCUGCUCCUGACUGAGAUUUUAGAUCCAAAAUUUGGCAUGUUCACUUAUAUUGAAGAGUCCAAAACCAUCUGGUUCAACGACACGACAUUUGAGGAGAGUCCAAUGUUUUUGUNCAACACAGUGUCCCUGGCCAGGACUCAAACCCAGACCGCUCAUUCCUUUGAUGAGCGCACUAACCAUGAGGCCACCCCACUCCAUAUGAUAGGGGGGCUUUCAUCUCGUGUUGAUGCACUUGAAACACGUACUAUAAAGCAAGUGGCCUGUGGACAGAUGCACACUUUGGCUGUCACAGACAAUGGACUUAUCUUGGCUUGGGGGGAUAACACAAAAGGACAGCUUGGUCUGGGAAACAUGGAAAACAACAUUCAGACUCAUCCAAGAAUUGUGAAGAACCUUCAGUCUGCUGGUGUGAUAAUAACUCAAGUGGCUUGUGGAGCAAGGCAUUCACUAGCACUCACAACAGGUGGAUUCUUUUUUGCCUGGGGUGACAAUAAGAAUGGCCAACUUGGAAUCAGCAACUCAAGUCCAGUGCACUACCAUCCAGAACAUGUGUCGUCAUUGUUUGGAGUGCCGUUUGCUUUGUUAUGUGCUGGCGGAUACCAUAGCUUUGCCUUGUCCCUCUCUGGAGCUUUGUUUAGUUGGGGAAGGAACAACUUUGGUCAACUUGGAGUCAAUGACAACAAAGUUUANGAUCAAGUAGCUGAGGAGAUGAAACCGCAGCAGUUUACUUUCAAGGCUUUCCGGCCCUCAGACCAAACAUUUUCAUUUUGUCGCUACCCAUUUGUUUUUGACGCUGAAGCCAAAACAACGCUGCUUCAAACAGAUGCUGUAAUGCAGAUGCAGAGUGCUGUAGAGGAAGUGAAUCGCCGCAAUGUUCAAUCAAUGAUGUCCCUGUUGCCAAUAAACCCGGACAACCCUGUACUUGUCAUUGUGGUCAAGAGAGAGAACAUCGUGGACAACACCCUGAAUCAGAUCAUGAAGUGUGGUCCUUGUGACUUGAAAAAGCCUCUCAAGGUUGUGUUUUAUGGUGAGGAGGGUGUCGAUGCUGGUGGCGUUAGAAAGGAAUUCUUCAUGCUGCUCCUGACUGAGAUUUUAGAUCCAAAAUUUGGCAUGUUCACUUAUAUUGAAGAGUCCAAAACCAUCUGGUUCAACGACACGACAUUUGAGGAGAGUCCAAUGUUUUUGUUGAUUGGUGUUAUCUGUGGACUGGCAAUCUACAAUUCAACUAUCAUCGAUCUCAGAUUUCCUCCGGUUUUGUACAAGAAGCUGUUAGGCAGGAAACCGAAUCUUGAUGACUUCAGAGGCUUUAAACCUCUUGUUGCCAGAAAUCUUGAGAAUUUACUUGAGUAUGAUGAAGAAGAGGACAUUUCCGAGACGUUAGGACUGACCUUUCAGAUUGUCCGCGAGAAAUAUGGAGUACUGGAAUACAUUGAUCUGAUUCCAGAUGGUGGGAACACUGCAGUCACACUUGAAAACAGAGAGCAGUAUGUGGAAGUAUACAUCGACUACUACUUGAACAAGUCAGUAAAAAAGCAAUUUGAGGCUUUUUCUGUAGGAUUUCACCGUGUGUGUGGCGGAAAAGUCUUGGAGUUUUUUCACCCCGAGGAGCUUAUGCAGAUGGUGGUUGGAUGUCAAGAUUAUGACUUCAGAGAACUUGAACAGGUUGCUGAGUAUAAAGGAGAGUACCACAAGUAUCACCCAGUGAUCAGAAACUUCUGGGAAGUAUUUUUUGACUUCCCGAUUGUCAUGAAGAAAAAGUUCCUUGCGUUCUUGACAGGAAGUGACAGAGUGCCAAUUUUGGGAAUGAAAUCCAUGAAGAUCAUAAUUCAAUCUGUGGCUGGUGGAGAGCGUGGAGAUCACCUCCCUGUGGCUCAUACCUGUUUUAAUUUGCUGGAUUUACCGAGAUACCCAACCCAAAAAGUUAUGAAAACAAAACUCAGCCAAGCUGUGGAGUGCUCAACGGGCUUUGGACUUGCUUAGUGAAAUUUUUCUUCAUCUACGUCUUUACACGUCAUUAACUGGCCGACAGAGACAGUUGAUCUGUUUGGAUUUGUGGUCAGUAGAAGAAACAUAGCCUUGUUAAAGCUUAGGUUGGUCGAGUAAGAGAAUGGCCUUCUACGACUUCUACGACUAACUAUGAAAUUAGACAUGCCGACCUUAAUAGUUAAGAACUGGUUACGAAUUGGCGAUCUUCGGUCUCAACUUUUGAGGGUCAGGUAUAGCGCUGUAAAACCGUGGUUAAAGGCCAAGAAAUAAGAAGUUAAAGAUGACAGAAGAAGACCGUCUCGCUAAUCUCGAAUUUCGACAAGGAAGGAACGUAGAUUUAUUGAACGUUGUUCUCAAUAAAUGACUGUAUGAGAAAGCUACGGUGCAAAUAUGACGUUUUUAGAGCAGGCAAGCUUGGAGGAUCUUGCGGUGUUUGAGAAUUUCUUGUUGUGCACCUGAAGAGUUAUGCUUUGUUUUUCUCCUCUCACCAUCUUGACAUGGGCAACGACAGACCGUCAAGUUAUGUGGUAUAUCCGCUUUAGGUACUUCCUCUAUGAUUCUUUUAUGCAACGAGUUCUCGCGAGUACUUCAAAAGUUGCCACGUCAGCAUAGCGUGACGUCGUAAAGUCGUCUUGUUGCUUAGCGACCUGGCCUGUGGUUUAGUCCUGUUUUAGGUGAUGGUAUUUUCACACGCCAUAAUGAACUGCUAGCUCAGUCAGAGGCUGAUUUUCUCUACUUCCAACAGGUUUUGUAUUGGCAACAUUGAGCGAGACAGGUUUUACUUUUGACAUUUGUAACAGAUCUAGUAUUUUCUACGACACGUCUGUCUCGUAGUCUCGUUUAUGUAUGCAACAGUACUGGAUUUGUAAAAGAAGCAAAAUUUGCUGUAUACGUUUUUAAAAUAAAAAUAUGUU